AUAUGAGUUCAGCAAGUUUACUUGUCAUUAGUCAAACUGCAAUGCUGAGAAUUACUACUAUUGUGAUCGGCUUAGUAUGUGUCCAGGCUUUACCUUCCAACGUGGAAUGGACAAACAAACAAACAAAGACACCCCCGCGAUUCAACACUGAGUUAAGGAUAGCCAUUGACGGCUACUACUCAGAAAGCCACGAUGUUACAACGAGUGAUGGCUACAUAUUGGAAAUCAAUAGGAUUCCCAAUCCUCGCUUCAAAAUUGGACCCAUCAGGCCGAGGUCUAAGCCCGUUGUAUUCCUAAUGCACGGAUUACAGAGUUCAGCACUAGCCUAUGUUGCUGCGGGACCGCGCCUAAGCAUAGCGUACAUCCUUGCUGAUGCUGGUUAUGACGUUUGGAUGGGCAAUGCACGAGGUAUAAUCAACUCUCGCCGCCACAUGUGGCUCAACCCUGACGAUGAAGAAGAAAGAAUUAGAUUUUUCGACUUCACUUUCGAGGAUGUCGCAACAAAAGACCUUCCUCCUAUGAUUGACUAUAUUCUACGAACUACUCAGCAACAACAGCUCAACUACAUUGGUCAUUCGCAAGGAGGAACUGCUUUCCUCGUCCUCAAUUCCAUGAUGCCGGCGUAUAACCAGAAGUUCAUAUCAGCACAUUUACUGGCCGGCGUUGGUCACCAAAGUUACUUUCCUAGUGAUGUUUUGAGCACAGCCGCAAUGAGUACCGACCUGAUAUUUGUAAUCGCUGUGAACACUGGAUCCGUGGAGCUCUUAGGACCCAAUAACAACAACAAUAAUGAAAUAGCAGUUGAAGUAGCAGCCAAUGCAAUAGGGUGCACGGGGGAGCUAGAUAAAUUUUCCUCCAUAUUCUGUAAAGUUAAAGCAGUUAUGGACGUUAUGAGGGGGGUAUUAGCACCCUUAGAAACAGUAGCUGGAGCUUCCAUCAAGCAAUACGCACAUUUUGGACAAAACAUCCGAGACAAAGCCUUCAGACGUUGGAAUUACAAUCCUCUGAAGAACUUGUGGUUAUAUGGCAGUUUGAAUCCACCUAAUUAUGACAUUACUUUAAUCACCGCAGAUGUUACCAUGCAUUACACUGUCGGUGAUACAUUAUUACAUGAAAAUGAUGUUUUGAAUAUGGCUAAAGUUAUACCCAACGCUAAAGCUAGAAGGGUAGCAAGAGAUUCAUUCAGUCAUUUCGACUUCGUAAUCGCAUCUGACUCGAGAGAGCUAGUUACUGAUUACAUUGUUGAAAGAUUAAAUGAAAAGAAUGUGAUAUGAUAAUUUAAGUUAGCUUUUAAAUUGGGUGCAAAGAGUGAUUCGAUUUUACACAAUCUCUAAGCUAAAUUGACAACUUUAGUCUAAAAGUAGUGCUGUCC